AUUAAAUAUCUGAUUGAGACUUCGGAAUGCUUCGGGUGAUUUCGUCAGCGCAGCUCGGCAUAUGUAUAGUAUAAGUAGAACUUAAGUCAAAUGCAGAAUAACGUUAUCCAUCAGCGCAAGUAUAUAUGUACAAUUGAAGUUGAUAACUUUUCGACUCGUAUCUUAUAUCUAACGAUAAACUUUAGAUUUCUUUUGCCAGUAUGUAGAUAUAAUGUUUAGUUUAUAUAUUUCAUAUAACUAUAUGUAACAAACAAUAUAGUGAUCGUGAUAUCGUUACUUGAAUCAUCGUUUACGUGAUAUGAGAAUGAAUAAUAUUUAUAAAAAGACACAGCGAUAGUUUUUUAUUAUUCUAAUAGCGCAUAAUUGUAAAAACUUAUUAACAAAGAUGUCUACUGAAUUGGUUGAGGUUGCAUCUAAAGAUAUAACUCGUGCUAUAUCGCAAGAUUUUGAAUAUGAUGACACUUUGGAAGUACCUGACUUAUUAGAAAUAAUAGUUGAUGAGAAUGGAGAGACAAUACAAAUUAGCAAAGAAGAAAUAGAAUGCGCAAAUAAUAAAGAAGAAACCCUUGAUACAAUACCCUUCACUGUUAUAUAUAAUCUACCAACAAAAUUCAAAAAUCAAAACUGUAAUGUGUUCAUUCCUGGUGCAGAAGUACAAGUAAGAAUUAUAGAUUAUGAACGCAGUGUGACUACGCAUCCUUUGAAUCCAAAUCUAUAUACUAUAGAAUUUAAACAUGGCCCUUUUAUCUUGAUUAUUAAAAAACGAUACAAACAUAUUCAAUACCUGCAUAAUCAACUGAAAAUAUAUCGUGCUAGUUUGAACAUACCUUUUCCUACAAAAAGUCAUAGAGGGAGAAGAAAUAGCUUGAAAAAUCUUGAAACGAGGAAUGAGAAAAAGGGAAGACGAAAUGCUUUACCAAGAUUUCCUAAUAAGCCUGACAUUCUAGUACCUUACGAGCAGUUAAAUUAUAGAAGAAAGGAAUUAGAAGAUUAUUUAUAUAAUUUACUUAAUAUAGAAAUCUACAGACGUCAUCCUGAAACUAUCAAUUUUUUGGAUAUUUCACACUUGUCUUUCAUAGCUGACUUAGGAAUGAAAGGGAAAGAAGGUACAAUUUUGAAACGGACUGGAUCAGGUAGUAAAACAAGAUGUAAUUUCUGUGGUUUGUUUGAAUGUGGCUUCUGUAUCAAGUGCAAUUAUCUAUGCACCUCUCUUUGUGGCAAAUGGCAUAAAAGACAUCUUAUUGUUAAAGAAACCUUUGUUGCAUAUCUUACUCAAAAUGGAAGAAUAAAAUCUGUUAUUUUGAUGGAUAAUGGUUUUGGGGUCAGUUUUGGAAUAUACAGUACAGGUUCACGAAGUGGGUUACAAAUUGCAAAUCUGAGUAGACACAUAGUUAUCAAGUGUUGGACGAAACGAAAAGCUAAGGAAUGGAUGGAGUUUAUACAAGAAAUUAGUAACAGAGAAGGUAAAGAUUUCAUACAAACAAAUCCACAUAAUUCAUUUGCUCCAUGUCGUUCAUCUAUAUUUGCAACCUGGUUUGUGGAUGGAGCUGAUUAUAUGGCUGCUGUGGCUGAUGCAUUAGAAAACGCCAAAGAAGAAAUUUUUAUUGCAGAUUGGUGGCUUUCACCAGAACUUCAUAUGAAAAGACCAAUGCUUAAUGGAGAUUAUUGGCGACUAGAUAAAAUUUUGCAAAGAAAAGCGUUUGAAGGUGUCAAAGUGUUCAUAUUAAUAUAUAAGGAAAUUGAAGUUGCUUUAGGCAUAAAUAGUUACUACAGCAAACAAAGACUUGUGGAACAAUGUCCUGAAAAUAUAAAAGUAUUAAGGCACCCAGAUCAUGCAAGGGCAGGCGUUUUUCUUUGGGCUCAUCAUGAAAAAAUCAUAGUUGUUGAUCAAUCUCUAGCGUUUCUCGGUGGUAUCGAUUUAUGUUAUGGUAGAUGGGAUAAUAACGAACACAGAUUGAUAGAUUUGGAAUCCAUUCAUCAGUCAAGUAUCUAUAUUCCUUCAAAAGACAAAUUAACUAAUACUAGCAGUAAAAAAGUAACAGCCUGUAACACAAAUAGACACGUGUUACUACCACUAGCAAUCGCAACGAACACUAUCGCUAUGGUAACUGCAAGAUCCAUGCCUCUGUUGCCAAUGGUAUAUGUGGAUAAUAAAAUACAAAAGACUCAAACAUCAACGUUAUCAAUGGAUAAUUCACUUUUUAUGUUGCAAGAAACAGAAGAUAACAUAAAAUGUAAUACUCCAGAAUUAGAAAGAAAAAAUUUAUUUGAUGUGGCGAAAACAACCGUCGAUAAAAUGAAAGAAACCGUAAGAGUAAAGAGACAGGAAUUAAUUAAUAUGAUGUAUAGUUCUCAUGAAGCAGGCGCCAAUGAAGAUAUCGACAACGAACAGAUACUAUCGGAAUGUGAAGAUACAGUGGAUUAUGUUUGCAAUUUAAAAUCUACGACAAAAUUAUGGCUUGGUAAAGACUAUACAAAUUUCAUUGUUAAAGACUUUAAUGAUCUUGAAAAGCCAUAUCAGGAUUUGGUAGAUAGAACUACUACUCCUAGGAUGCCAUGGCAUGAUAUAGGAAUUUUAGUGCAGAACUCUGCUGCUAGAGAUGUAGCCAGGCAUUUUAUACAACGUUGGAAUGCAGUUAAACUAGAAAAAGCAAAUCUGAAUCCAUGUUAUCCUUACUUAUUACCAAAAUCAUAUAAGCAUUGCAAGAGUUAUGCUCCAUUUAUCAAAGAAGCAAACAAGUACAAUGUCAAGUGUCAAGUAUUACGAUCAGUGAGUUCCUGGUCAGCUGGUUUCCUUGAUCCAGAAACUGUAGAGCAGAGCAUACAAGAAGCUUAUAUCCACUCCAUCAAUAAAGCAGAAAGAUAUAUAUAUAUAGAAAAUCAAUUUUUUAUAACACUUGCCUCUAUGGAUAAAGGUAGCGUAAAAAAUCGAAUUGGUGAAACAUUAUUAAAAAGAAUCUUGAGAGCAUACAGAGAAGGCUCGGUGUUUAGGGUAUUUGUCGUAAUGCCUUUAUUACCAGGUUUUGAAGGAGAAGUUGGGGGACCAAGCGGAACGGCGUUACGGGCGAUAACACAUUGGAAUUAUGCUUCUAUAUCUAGGGGAAAGGAUGCUAUUUUAAGUCAACUUAUAGAAGCAGGUAUAGAAGAUCCUAGUGAAUAUAUUACAUUUCAUGGCUUAAGGACACAUUCCAUGUUAAAUGGUACAAUGGUAACAGAACUUAUCUAUGUUCACAGCAAAUUAUUAAUAAUAGAUGAUAACACAGUAAUAUGUGGAUCAGCUAAUAUAAAUGACAGAAGUAUGGUUGCUACAAGAGACAGUGAGAUAGCUAUAGUAAUUCAUGAUCAAGAAUUUGAAGAUGGGCGCAUGAAUGAUAUACCUUUUCUUUGUGGCAAAUUUGCUUCUUCUUUGAGAAAACAAUUAUUCCGCGAACAUUUGGGACUAUUAAAUGCUGAAGAAGAUAUCAAUAUCGACGAUGUCAUUAUCAAAUCCUUUUACAAGGACAUUUGGUGUGCUAGAAGCAAACAAAACACAAAAAUAUACGAAGAAGUAUUUCAAUGUAUUCCUACCGAUACAGUAGUCAAUUUUUCUAUGUUGAAACAAUAUCAAGAUAAAAUACCUAUCUCAUUAUCUGAUCCAUUAUUAGCACAAGAAAUAGCGGAAAAUAUAAAGGGUCAUUUGGUCGAUUUUCCUUUACAUUUUUUAUGCAAUGAAGAUUUAAAACCUGCCGCUGGUACGGUAGAAGGAAUAAUGCCGACUGCAUUAUGGACGUAAGUGCUAUCAUCAAGAAAAAUUAAAUUUUAAGAAAAUUUAUUGCAUUUAAGUAUAAAUUAUUAAAUGAUUCUAUUAAUCUAGAAAUAGAAGAUAUCUAUUAAUAUAAUCUUACAACACAUGCACACAUAUAAAUAUAAAAUUAAUCAAAGAGAUUAUUCCAUUUUUUCUAUAAUUUAUAUUAAUAAAAAAAAUAACGAAUAAUAUGGAUAACCUUUGUUAUCACUUUAAUAUAUUUCUAUCUAUUUGUACAUUUUUUAAUGUUUGAGGUGGCAAUGAGCCCACCAAAUACACUUUUAUAAUGAUUACAUAAUUUAGCGUAACCGAAUAUAACAAGUAAUAUUACAGAUUUGUAACAUGUAGUAAUACACUCAUUCCUUGUAAUUUCUUACUCAAGGAAGCAAUAAUGCUAUAUAGUAAUUAUACAUUGUGACGUUGCCAUCCCGCGCGCGUCCACCGGAUCUCUCUCCGAUCGCUGAGCGCGGAAAACGGAAAACGCACCCGCACCAGUCGCAAAACAUUAGAGCCGUACCGAAAUCUCCAGAACGGCAUUAUUUGUCGGACUUAUUUUGUCUUUUCAAUUUUUGUUAUUAUUUUAUUAUUUCGAUACAACACGGGAGCCUUACCGGAGGAGUGGUAAACGGCCGCAAAAACAAGAUCACAACUCGGAAGACGACCUUUGAGAGGACAGGAAACGGAAAAAAAUUAUCAACAGCCGAAUUCGGAAGCGAGGUGAGCAGCGCGAGAGGACAGGGGGAUCUUUGCGUCUUGACGUCGGACAGUGCGGAGACGCGUCCCAAAAGGACCCCGAAGGACCUCGAAGGAGCUCCAUCGCCGCGGAACACGGCGGGACGAAAGGUGGUCAUCGAGAGUCACCAGUGCGUUCCUCGAUCCCGAGAUCCCGUCGGGACUCGCCGAGGCCCCCUCGGAAAAGCCUCGUGAAAAAUAUUGAUCUCGGGGGUGUGCGCGCUCCCGGUACGAUCAUGAGUGCGCCGCCAGACGGCUGCCUCGCGUGUUAUCACGUGAUUGACCGUAAUAACACGCACCCCGAUUGCGCAUCCCCGGCUGGCUCGGCGUUGUCGAUUCUAAAUCGCGGCGCUCCCGAGUCAGACUGACGCGAGCGUGAGCGAGAGCUAAACAUGCGUGGGGAAUAAUGCGAGAAUCUUGGGCGAGCGAAACGAGCGUACGAGCGAGGAGAGACUCCGGCCGAGAGCAAUAAGAGCUUCGGAUUCCCGUGGACGAGGCCGAGAGAGGAGAGCAGGCCUGGGACUUCCAGGGAGAGAGCUUCGAUCUGGUAAGGUUAUCUCGCUACAUAUUAACCACGCGUGUUCGCGAUAUCGGAAUCGCGUCGUUCUGCCGUCGUGGCCGUAAUUUUGUAUUGUUUUUGCGUUCGAGCUCUGCUCGGAAUUUUAGUGAUUAUCGCGUUGUCCUUAGCAUACUUAUAUCGGCGACACGGCCCCGUCGGCAAGCGAUUCGAGCUCCGAAGCAUCCUGAACAUUGGUUUCGCAGAUUCGAUUAUUGUCUUGCGUUAUAUUCAGCAUAAGUCGUCUCUCUGGAUAUCGCUGCUCAGUAAUACGGCGUAAUAUAAUAAUCGCGAAAUUUCUCACCCGUCUAGCGUUUAAGUCCGGUAUGUGUGAAUAGUCUGCCGUGGUGUGAGUGUGUUUCGUGCAGAUAUAUCUCUGCUUACAUAUCUUUUGUCGAAUAAAUAAGCGUGAAGUGGAUUAACGACCGAGUGAUCUCGCGGUUGGUGCGUAAAAUAGUACAUAGCGUUGCGAGCUAUAUUUGCGUGGUGCAUGCUUAGGGGUGCACUGGAUGUAUGUGGCAACCGUACGGCAUGUUAGAAUAGCGAGCGAAAUAUUAUCGAUCCACGAGGGAUCCGAUAAUCGACCCGGUAUAAUAGUAUAAUGCGCUCGGGCAUAGGCCCGACCUUGAUUUAACAGCGUCUUAUUUUCUGCGGCGCUAAGCCGUCUCUAACAUCCAGUCUCGCUCCCGCGAAUUUAUCGACACCGAACAAACCACCGUUUAUCAUCCGGACACCCCUGUUCUAAAUUAAUAAAGCUGUUUCUUUGUUA